AUGAACCAGAGCCACGGCAUCGACGGCGAGGUCAUCGUCCAAUCCCUCUCACCUCUCGUGCAGUGCAGCCCCGCCAACGCGACGUGGACCGGCGGCCUGCCGCCCUUCGAAGUUCGGGCCUACGCGCUGUUUAGCGACGCGCCGCGCGUCGUCGCACGCACGAAUGAGUCGCACGCCGAGUGGACAUGCGACUAUCCCGCCGGCACCAACGUCGCGAUCACGAUUUGGGAUAAGAGGAACGAGAGCAUCUACUACGGCUAUGUGCCCGACAACGUUGUGGGGAAUGGGACGAGCGACUGUCUCGUGUCGAACGCGACGGCGACGCACGCUAUUGACGACUUGAAGCCGACGAGCAGCUCGUCCCGCUCUGCAUCGAGUUCCGCUACUUCGUCUGCGACAUCUAGCUCAGCCGUGUCCCCGCCCUCGGGAUCUGCCUCAGCCUCCGCCGCCGUCGCGAAGAGCGAAUCGUCGAAUACGGGAGCCAUUGCAGGCGGAGUCGUCGGCGGCGUCGUCGGAGCACUCCUCCUGCUCGGUCUCCUGUUCUGGCUCUUCAAACGCCGCCGCCGCCAGCCAGAGGAGACGGAGAAGUUCGAGAUCGAAGAGGACACGGAGCCGACACCCAUCACGCCCUUCGCCCAGCCGCCCGCGCAAGACGGACCGCCGACAGACCCAGCUUUAGCAAAGAUGCGCGAAGCGGGCUACAGUGCCGGGGCCAGUGCUGGAUUGAGCCUGCCACCGACGACACCGAGCACCAUCCCCGCUCCGCCGCCUUCGAUUCCUCUCAGCCCUAUCAGCCCAUCGCAGCCGGCGUACCCGGCUCACGCGGAGGAUGCGGGCCCAGCACAGCCUGACCAACUUCCACCGAUGUACGGUAACUGGAAGAGCUAG